AUUCACUUUGAGGGACCGACGUGCGUCUCUACCGUCUCCUGCAAACUUUUUAGUUUGUCCCUUUCACUGAAAGGAAAUUGGAGCUGUUUCGAAUAGUUAUUGAGCAUUUUUUAUCUCAUCAAUAUUUCUUAAACUUACAUUUAAAAAUACUCUCUAAAUCAGACGAAAUGUCCUAUGAACUUGGGACGCUGAUGCAUCAACGAGACAGAAAGAGAGCCGCAUAUCUGUUCAGGACGAAGAGUUUGGGAAAGAAUAGUAUCCAGGAAAAUGAAGAACUUUUAGGAUCUUUUGAACCAGACUGGAGCAAAUUCGAAAAUGUUUUUAUGGAAGAACUCCUACCUAAAGACAUUAGCAAACAAGGACAAAAGAGAACUUCACAGUUUAUUCUGGAGGUUGUUGAUAUACUGAUUGAUUACAUAAGGAAAAGUAAUGAUAGAAGUACGAAAGUUUUGGAUUUUCAUCAUCCUCACUCUUUGAAGGAGGCGCUCGGUCAUUGCUUGAAUCUUGAUGAAGACCCCAGAGAUUUGGAACAGAUUCUAAGCGAUUGUAAAGAAACCCUAAAGUAUUGCGUAAAAACCGGGCAUCCUCGUUUCUUUAAUCAAUUAUCAACUGGCUUAGAUAUGAUAGCAAUGACUGGAGAAUGGUUGACUGCCACUGCUAAUACUAAUAUGUUCACAUACGAAAUAGCUCCAGUCUUUACUCUUAUGGAGGAGAUAGUCUUGACAAAGAUGAGGGAAAUAAUAGGAUGGCAAGAGGGAAAGGGAGACGGUAUUUUUGCACCUGGUGGAGCCAUUGCAAAUUUGUACGCUGUUCUGGCUGCUAGAUAUCGUAUUUGUCCAGAAGUAAAGGAAGAAGGUAUGAGAGUUUCGCCAAGACUCAUAAUGUUCACUUCGGAGCACAGUCACUUUUCUAUCAAAAGGAAUGCUGCAAUUCUGGGAAUUGGUACCAAUAACUGUAUUGCUAUAAAAACUGAUGCGCAAGGUAAAAUGAUACCAGAAGAUUUGGAAAAACAGAUAGAAAUUGCUAAAGCGAGUGGAGGAGUUCCAUUUUUUGUAUCGGCAACUGGUGGUACUACUGUCUUGGGAACUUUUGAUCCAAUUAACGAAAUAUGCGAUGUUGCUUUUAAGCACGGGCUAUGGAUGCAUGUAGACUGCGCUUGGGGAGGUGGCGCCUUACUUUCGAAGCAAUAUAAGAAACUGUUGAAUGGUAUAGAACGAGCAGAUUCUGUUACUUGGAAUCCUCAUAAAUUAAUGGGAGCUACUCUUCAGUGCUCUGGUAUACUAUUAAAGGAAAAGGGCAUAUUGGAAAAUUGUAACUCACUGAGAGCAAAUUAUCUAUUCCAGCAAGACAAACACUAUGAUAUUUCCUACGAUACCGGGGAUAAGGCAAUCCAGUGUGGAAGACACAAUGACGUGUUUAAGCUAUGGUUGAUGUGGAGAGCUAAAGGAGAUAUUGGUUUUGAAUCUCAAAUUGACAGAUUAAUGGAUUUAUCUAUAUAUCUACAGGGACAGCUGAGGGAAAGAGAAGGUUUUGAGUUUGUUAUUGAAGAGCCUGAAUUUCUAAACGUUUCUUUCUGGUAUGUUCCGAAAAACAUGCGCCACAUGCCAAAAGAUUCUCAGAGAGAUGUCUUACUUGAUAAAGUGGCACCAAAAAUCAAAGCUAUGAUGAUGGAAAGGGGGACAACUAUGGUUGGUUAUCAGCCUCUUGGCGAUUUGCCCAAUUUUUUCCGGAUGGUAAUUUCUAAUCCAGCAACAAUUCCUGGCGAUAUUGAUUUCCUAAUAGAUGAAAUUGAGCGUUUGGGGGAGGAACUAUAG